AGAACCCCGACAGGAGCAGGGUACGAAAUUUCAAACCGCGUGUUGUCGUUCGAAUCUGCUGCUAGGAACUCGUGCGCUGAUAUAUUUUCCUCAGUUUCGUGGAUUUUUGUGGUUUAAAUAAUUAUUUGGAGUAGCAAAACCCAAUCACACUAACAAUGAAGCCUAAAGUUGAGAAUAAAAAAGUCAAAAACAAGUCCGCCAAGCUGAAAAACAAAGCAACUAAGAAGCGCAAGCUAGAGGAUCUCGAUGCAUCGUCGGACGACGAAGGAAUCCAGCUGAAAGAUACGAGACAGUCGGACGAACCGGUACCCAAAAAGACAAAAUGGGUAAACAAGCAGCGCGUGCUCGUUCUAUGUGCCAGAGGAAUCAACCACCGUGAUCGGCAUCUGAUGAAGGAUUUGAAGACCCUCAUGCCCCACCAUCGGUCGGAACCGAAAAUGGAACGCUGGAAGACGCUCUCGGUGGUUAACGAGAUGAGCGAAAUGAAGCACUGCAACAAGGUGGUGCUAUUCGAGGGUCGUCGCAAACGCGAUCUGUAUAUGUGGUUGGCCAACGUGGAGAAGGGCCCAUCGGUAAAGUUCCUGAUCGAGAACAUUAACACCAUGGGCGAGAUGAAACUGACCGGGAACUGCCUGCGCGGAUCGCGCCCUAUCCUGUCCUUUGAUCAGGAAUUUUCCAAACAACCGCAUUUAGCCGUUAUCAAGGAAUUGCUGACGCAAGUUUUCGGUGUCCCGAACCACCACCCGAAGAGUCAACCAUUCGUCGAUCGCGUGAUAAGCUUCACCUAUUUGGAUAAUCGCAUUUGGUACAGACAUUUCCAGAUUCUGUCAGAAGACGGUGGUCUGGCAGAGGUGGGACCUCGGUUCGUUAUGAAUCCGAUCAAGAUCUUCGAGGGUUCCUUCAACGGUGACGCAAUAUGGGAAAAUGCCGACUAUCAAAGUCCGGCCAAACACCGACAGCUGCUAAGAAAGGCCGCCAAGGAUAAGUAUCUGAACAAGCAGAAGCAGAAGAUUGACCACGAGGUUAACGUUCCGAAGGUAACGCACGAUUUCGACAAAUAUGCCGACGUGUUCCAAGGAGACGAGGAAGAAAAGGCUAAGGAACUGCUGGAGAAAGAAGAGCAAGAAGAAGCCGAAGAGGCAGAGCGAAAGGCCAUCGAAGAACAGCACAAGCGAAUGAAGAAGAAGGACGAAAUGAAGAAACUGAAGCAAUUGGCCCAGGCGAAAAAAACUGGCAAAGCUCUUGCCAAGGGAAAGAAAAAGCAGAAGACGACUCUCAAGGCCAAGAAGAAGGGAAAGAACAAGGUCGAGGCGGACGAUAGUGACUGAAGGUGAACAUGAUGUGGAUUUUUUUCUUUUUUGAUGUACAAUUGAUAUGAGAAAUACAGAUUGCUUAUUCUCGUUAUAAUGCCAUUUA